CUUGCCUCCCUUGCUGUCAGUGCGCUCCUGACCGCCGUCGAGUCAUGGGCUGCGCCAGCAGCGCUCACACCCAAGUGAGGGAGUUGAGCCGGCCGGCUUCCAAGGGGCCCCCGGAGGCCAACGGGCUGCAGAGAAGCGAUGACAGCUUGCCUAUCACAGAUGAAAAUGGCACAAUACCUGACCAGACCAAAUUUGAAGCAAUGGAUGAAGUGAAACUUGGGUCUCCUGAAAUAAAACAAAGUGAGAGUCUUGCCAAAGAAGUGGCAGAUGCUUUGAUUCCAGGAAUGACAAACUGUGUCCUUUCUACCUUUCAAAGAGUAGACCCUGAGGGCACAGAGCCACAGCCAGUGGAAGAAAAGUUCAGCAGGUGUGGGUCCUUAUCUGCCAGUCAUUUAGAAGCUGGUGAGCCUCGGUUUCUGGAACCUACAGAAGAGGAUGGUGAGCCUCCAGAAAGUGUAAGAGAAACUGCCAACAUUUUGCCUCCAGAAAUUGUAGAGGACAAUAAGCCUGAACCUGCUGAAUCAUUGCAGGAGGACCCACCCGAGUCUACAACAGUGGCAAGUGUUAAUCUUGUAACAGAAAUUGUGAAGGAACUGGAAAUAAGUGAAGAGGAACUGCUAACUGAGGAUAACAACUGUGUGAAUGCAGAUUCGGAAGGCGAGACGGGAGAAAAGAUGGAAACUGAGAUGCACUGUGAGAUAGUAAAUGAAGUCUCUGAAACAAAAGAAGAAGAAACGGGAGAAGCUACAGCAACAGCAACAGAGAUAGAAGUUACUAAUGAAGAGUGAUUCAUGGCAUUUGAAUGGACUUCAUCUUUGGUCACACAAAUAUUAAUACUGUACUCCAGUUUGAGAAAAUCUGUUUUUAUAGACUUAUCACAAUAACUGAGCACAGAGAAAACAUUAUAAGAAUUUUAUUUCAGGAACUCAAGUUGCCAAGAUACUGGUGAGAAACUGCAAUAUUAAACCUUCAUGUCUGCCAUAGUGUCUUCUGCACACACAUUAAGGAAAUUAUGUGUCACAAAACAACUUUUGCCUUU